AUGCCGCGGAAAUCGCAGCCGCAGUUCCCGGCGUAUCGUCGCGUCGUCGGCGUCGUGUGGUUUCGAUGGAAGCUUAUUGUUACUCUCUCCGCCGCGUUAAUCAUUCUCGCUCUCUUCUCUAUUCAUCUUCAGUCUCGUCCCAGUGCGACACUACCGUCGCUCUCCGUCGCGAGAUCUCGUAUCCCUCUUCGCAAAUACUCCGGUGUUCGUCCGAAGAUCGCGUUCCUUUUCCUAGCUCGACGUGAUCUGCCACUCGAUUUUCUGUGGGAUAGAUUCUUGAAGGAUGCAGAUCAGAGGAAUUUCUCGAUUUAUGUACAUUCAGUACCUGGUUUCGUAUUCGAUGAUUCCACCACUCGAUCGCAGUUCUUUCACAAUCGUCAACUGGAGAAUAGCAUCGAGGUAGUUUGGGGAGAAUCAAGUAUGAUUGCAGCAGAGAGAUUGUUGUUUGCAUCUGCCUUGGAGGAUCCUUCGAAUCAAAGAUUUGUUCUUUUGUCUGAUAGCUGUGUUCCGUUAUACGAUUUUGGUUACAUAUACAGAUAUCUAAUGUCUUCACCUAAAAGUUUUGUAGACAGUUUCCUAGAUACUAAAGAUAAGCGUUACACCAUGAAAAUGUUUCCUGUCAUACCGAAAGAGAAAUGGCGAAAAGGAUCUCAGUGGAUAUCACUGAUUAGAAGCCAUGCAGAGGUCAUUGUUAAUGAUGAUACUGUAUUCCCAGUUUUUCAGAAAUUUUGCAAGCGAUCUCUACCUCUGGAUCCCAGAAAGAAAUGGCUUUCUCUUAAACAUAGACGUCACAACUGCAUCCCUGAUGAACACUAUGUGCAAACUCUGCUUACAAUGCGUGGCUUGGAAAGUGAAAUGGAACGUAGAACAGUGACAUACACUACAUGGAACCUAUCAGCAAAAAAAGCUGAAGCCAAAUCUUGGCAUCCUCUCACUUUCACGUCUGAGAAUUCCGGGCCAAAGGAAAUAUUAGAAAUAAAGAAAAUCAACCAUGUAUAUUAUGAAACAGAAUAUCGAACAGAAUGGUGCCGGGCGAAUGCAAAACCCGUCCCGUGCUUUCUCUUUGCUAGGAAGUUCACUAGAGGAGCCGCGAUGCGUCUUUUGAGUGAAGGAUUAGUAGAAUCAUCAACAGAUACAACAACCUUUUAA